UCCGAGGAGGCUGCUCCAGGUCGCAGGCUGGGACUGACGGAUACCGUGAGCCCAGAGAACCCCACAAGCUGAGUGCAGGACGCGCCCCCACCACACCCACCCCACGGCCGCUGAAUGAGGCUUCCAGGAAUCCCCUCGCUGUCCGCAGCGCCCCACCGGAGGUCAGUCCUCUGAGGCUCGGCCAGUGCGCCGGCAGCCCGCGCGUUCACCUGCCAGCCUGCGCGUCAUGGGGCAACCCGGGAACCGCACCGACUUUUUGCUGGCGCCCAACGGAAGCCAUGCGCCGGACCAAGACAUCACACAGGAACGGAACGAAGCAUGGGUGGUGAGCAUGGCCAUUGUCAUGUCACUCAUCGUCCUGGCCAUCGUGUUUGGAAACGUGCUGGUCAUCACAGCCAUUGCCAGGUUCGAGCGUCUGCAGACGGUCACCAACUACUUCAUCACCUCCCUGGCCUGCGCUGACCUGGUCAUGGGCCUGGCAGUGGUGCCCUUUGGGGCCAGCCACAUUCUCAUGAAAAUGUGGACUUUUGGCAAUUUCUGGUGCGAGUUUUGGACUUCCAUUGACGUGCUGUGCGUCACGGCCAGCAUUGAGACCCUGUGUGUGAUUGCGGUGGAUCGCUACUUUGCCAUCACGUCACCCUUCAAGUACCAGAGUCUGCUGACCAAGAAUAAGGCCCGGGUGGUCAUUUUGAUGGUGUGGAUCGUGUCAGGCCUUACCUCUUUCUUGCCCAUCCAGAUGCACUGGUAUCGGGCCACCCACCAAGAAGCCAUCAAGUGCUAUGAGCGGGAGACCUGCUGUGACUUCUUCACGAACCAAGCUUAUGCCAUUGCCUCCUCCAUCGUUUCCUUCUACCUGCCCCUGGUGGUCAUGAUCUUCGUCUACUCCAGGGUCUUCCGGGUGGCCAAAAGACAACUCCAGAAGAUCGACAAAUCCGAGGGCCGAUUCCACGCCCAAAACCUCAGCCAAGUGGAGCAGGAUGGGAGGAGCUGGCAUGGACAUCGCAGGUCCUCCAAGUUCUACUUGAAGGAACACAAAGCCCUCAAGACUUUAGGCAUCAUCAUGGGCACUUUCACCCUGUGCUGGCUGCCCUUUUUCAUCGUCAACAUUGUGCACGUGAUCCAGGAUAACCUCAUCCCCAAGGAAGUUUACAUCCUCCUGAACUGGGUGGGCUACGUCAACUCUGCCUUCAAUCCCCUCAUCUACUGCCGGAGCCCAGAUUUCAGGAUUGCCUUCCAGGAGCUCCUGUGCCUGCGCAGGUCUUCUCUGAAGGCCUAUGGGAAUGGCUACUCCAGCAACAGCCAUGACAAAUCUGACUACACAGUGGAGCAGAGUGGCUGUCACCUGGGCCAGGAGAAAGACCACAAACUGCUGUGCGAUGAUGCCUCAGGCAGAGAAGACUUUGUGAGCCAUCAAGGAGCAUCUGAUGUAAUUUCAGUGACAAGUUGGGCUGUGGAUGUUCAUUCAGAUCCCCAGCAGUGACGCCCAUGACAAAGCCCGAGCGGAGUCCCAGGGAGCCCUGUUUUCCUUUCAACCACACCGCACUGAUGUUGCAGCCCGCGGCCUUGCGUCCAAAAGCCACAGCUGCCUUUUCUGGGGAGAUUCCCUCAUUAUCCCAGUUCUGUCUCUAUUCUAUGGCCCAGUUGUUCUCUCCAUAAAAGGCCUAUUAGACGUUUCUAAAUAUUGCAGACAAUCCUGUUUUUUUGUUUUGUUUUGUUUCAUUUCGUUUUGUUUUGUUUUGUUUUGUUUUGUUUGAGAGGUACUCGCUGUUCUGGUGAGAUGUAUUGCACCAGUAAGCCUGUUCUUUCACACAAACAUUCAGACUCCCGUUCUUGUGCAAGAUCCCACAACGUCUCCUCUCAACCCGCAUGCUCACCUGGCUUCCUCAGCAUAAGAGAACCAAGGUUCAGCCUCUAGGGCCUGGGGGGCCAGCCUUCGAAACCUCUUUCUAUGGGACUGUGGAAGGGUUAGUGGAAUCAAUUUUGGUGUGAGUUUCCUGAUAUUAUUUUAUUUUAUGGCAGUGGGUCCCAACCCGCUGAUUUGAGGGAACUUCUGAGAAAAUGCAUCCUCCUGGGGCCCCUUCCCCCACCCCCCAGAUUCUGAUCUAGCAGGCUGUGGUUGAGGGCCGGUGAUUGCGUUUUGCCACAACUUCCUCUAGGGGACCGUGAGGCAGGUGCUCUGAGGAUGAUCGCAUUCGGGGACCUAGAAGUCACACCAUCUUCCUCCCCGCCCUUCCCCGCUCAGGAGCACAAAUUAUAGGAUGUAGGCACGUGAAAAGAGGUCCCGCAGAGCUGUAUGCAUUCACGAAAAUAACGAUGCUGUCAAGUAAACAGAACCUUAAUUUUCCUGUCUUAUCAAAUAAAACAGUGUAGAUGAAAACAAUUUAUAAAUGCAGCAUUACUAUAAAAAAGCAAGGUGAGAAUUAUCUUGAGCAAUUAGACUCUUGAUUGAAAAUCCACAGUUUUGCCUCAUACUAGCAUUGAGGUCACUGGGCCCCGGAGCCUCUGCAUGGAGACCAGGAAGCAGCAGCACAGGCAGGAAGGGGGAUUUUGCCCCGGUGACAGGCUCCUUGUCCAGUGCCCUUUGCUCCUGGACACUCGCCUUGGUUAAGGCAGAUCAGACUAAGGUCUACGUGAACCAAUUUGCCUAAUGUACAUAACCCUCCUACUUAGAAAUCUGAAGGGGGACCCGCCCAGUUGCAGAGAAGAGCAUUACUCAUACAUAUUCACACACCUCCACAGAUGCACACACCCAAAAACACACACACACACACACAGAGACCUUGACAUUGAUGACAACACCCAUAUUGACACAGAUACACGCAUGCAUUUUCACGGAGAUAUAUGCUCACUUAAAGGGUCUUUUGUGUCUACUCCCACACAAAUACAUACACACCUGUAGGACACUGACACACGCAGAUCUAGCCAUUCUCUCUGAGAUAAAUCCGUACAUGAGGGUUCCUAAGCACACCGCUGUGCUCCAAACCAGCAAACAUGCUGUGUCAAAUAGUCACGGUCCCACUGCUACCUCAGGUCAGGCUCAUAUACUGACCCCUCUUCCUCGGCAAGCAUAUGCCCCCUUGCCUCAAUACGUGUCUCUGUGCUUUUUUGUGCCAGGACCUGUGCGAUGCUGAGGAGCAGUGGGUGAACAAAAACAGUUUACCUUUGCUUUUACUGAGUCGGUGUGUGAAAUGCAUGCAAAAUUACAACUGUGGUCGGUGCUGUGGAGGAGAUAGGGGGUAUUUUGAGGACAUCUGACUAAUAGGGAGAGCUCAGUGAAGGUUCUCCCAAAGAAGGGAGGUUUCAGCUGAGAGCUAAAGGAAAGCUAGGGAGGAGAGAAGAACAGGCCGCUCGGGGAGAAAAGCAGGUGCGAACGUCCUGUGCUGAAAGGAAGCCUGGUGCACAGGAAGGCCUGAGCGAAGGACAGCCAGGGCAGCUGGCGGGUAGAGGGAGAGCACAGCAGGGCGGCGCCUAAGGAAGCAGGGGUCACACUGAAGGGCCGUGUGGGCCCCGUUAAAGUCUUCAUCCUGAGAACAUGUAGAAGCCAUUGAUAUGUUUACGGCAGAGGUCAGAUGUGUAUUUGAAGACUGUCUCCGAAGGUGUGCCUGCUCAUGCAGAGCAUCCUCGCGCAGAUCAGUGCACACAUGUGGCUUCACAGACACACUUGUGUGUUUCUUAGAAAUGCAUAUUUACAUAUCAUACUCACCUGCAAACCCUGCUUCUGUGAACACACCCACAGGUAUUUAUAUGCGUGGUAUAUAUAAACCCAGUGGGCGUGGGGAGGCCGGCAGACACCCUCCUCACAGGGCACCAUCAGGACUAGGCCUGUCUCUGGGGCGGGACUGGGGAAGUGGUGCUCGGGGCCAAGCCCUGUGACUUCGCAGCUCCGGGCUUUGCAGCUGGCCUCAUGCGUGUGCCUUCAGCCCUGCUCCUCUCCUCUUGGCUCAGGGCACCCAGUGACAAGGUGGGGUUUCUUCCAGAACACGAUCAUUGACUAUUCCUGGCCCAGGCGCUGAGGGGCGGAGGGGCAGGUCGGGUUGCAUAAAGAUCGCCUUGUGCCCUCCCGGAGUGGUCAGCAGAACCUCUGCCCGGCUCCAGGCCUGCAGUGCUCUUUGCAGUGAGUUGGCAAUGCUGAGAAGUAAACAUAAGGACAGGGAAUCCGAGGUCCGCAGGUCCUGGUGGGGACUACGGUGGGACUUGAAGCAGUAUGCUCCCUAAGUGACUGCUGCAGGGAAUGCGACACUGGAGGAAGAAACAGACAAAGCCCGGCAGGAAAGCCUUCUUCGGGCACAAUGCCCGGCUCUGACCCUUGCUGUCUUGGCACCGUAAGCUCAUGUACACACAUAUUGACACAUGAACAAAUUUUCCUCCAGUGGGUGUAGCAUCUCACAGCAGGGGAAGUAGCAAGGAAUUUAUCAGCCACAACACCGUGCAUUAUUUUUCUUCCAAUGAAUUAGAACUAUGCUUGUGUACAUUUGGCUCCUGUUUACCAGCCAAGCAAAGGCCUUGGCCAGGGCCAGCAACAGACUCCAAGGAAAUCAAUAGGAACAUUCAUGCCAAACUGAAGGCUCACCGAUGGCCUCCCAUGUCAGGGCCGUAAAGACGUUCCUGAGGGAUUUUUUCAGAGUCCAAAGGCUCCCACCCACUGAGAGCGUAUGUUUUCAAACGUGUGCUUGGCGAAUGUUUUCUUCCAUAAUUAAAAGAAAUUAUAUAAUGUAAUUGGAAGCUCUUUUUAUUUUGCUUCAGGCUGUGUAAGGAAUAUCCUUCUUUUCUCCCAGUUGGGUGCUAUUUUGUGCUAUCUCGGCAGCGACCUGCCAGAUCCUUCUAGCCGGAGCUCUGCGCUCCAGGGGACACUGUGUCGUAACUACCUCUCCCAUCGAUCCUGCCCUCGGCAGGUCCCAGAGGGCUUUUAAAUCUGCCGCCUCAUCUCAUCCUCACAGCCCUGAGGUCAGCCCAGUUGUUCCCAUUUUGCAGAUAAAAAUACUUAGGUUAAAAGUCUUGCUUAAGGGCAUGGAGCUAACACAUGACUGGGGUAGGACUUGAACUUGGUCUUCAUACUUAUCCUUGAGAAACAACACAAAUUUGCCUACACUCUGCUACCCUCCUAGGACCUGGUGCUGUUCUCACUGUACUUCUCUGCUCCCU